AGGAGAAUCUUCUUAAACCAAUUGGACAACUUUGGAGUGCUGUGAUAUGCUUGAAUAGCUUGUGACCCUUAGGAUCAGAAAUGACGAGCAGCUGCAGGUGAAAUUCAAAUGAGUUGGAUCGUAUUUUUCCUCUCUGACUGAGAAGGCAACUAGCUUUGGAGAAGAAUGUCGGGCAAGGACGAUGUUGAUGAGACUUUCUCGAUAGUAGCCGGGGCAUCGUCUCGGCACCCAGAGCAAGCAGCCGCUGAUAGGAGCUCCGAGAACGUUACGGGGUCGGAAGCAAACCAAGCAACAAGGGACCAAUUUGUACAGAAGUUGUUUAAGAUUGAUCCAAAGGAUUAUCAGAAUUUUUCUACCGAAAAGAAGAUAAGAUUGGCAUGGCUGGCUGGCUCCAUUGCUUACAUCCAAACUCUUCAAGAAGAGCAAGGAGGCAGCAUCGAUGGACGGAUGAUGCCCUGCUCACUUCCUUUCUUCACACGACCAGGAGCAGAACCGGUUCUGCACGCAGGGGAGGGAAUGGCUCGUGAAGGGGAAGCGGGAGCAAGGGGGGCGGAAAGAGGGGCUGAAGAACAUUCGGAGAAGGAGAAAGAUUGAACUUCGCACAGUGCAGAACUUCAUGCUUGGGUUAUUUUCAUCCUGCAAAGUCUUGCGGCGCAAGAUCAGAACAGGCGCCUCCAGUCUGCUUCCGUCCCGGACGUCUGCAAGCCUGUCUUCCUCGCCUGCACUCCACCUGAGUAACACACGAGCUCUUGGUCUGGAUCAGUACGAGCUUGCAUGUGCAGGACGGUCUUUCCUCCUUCGCCCUCGUCUGAUCCCGCUGACUCUCAGGGAUUGAAAUGCUGGCAGCUAAGGCUUGCGCUAAGCUUGUAAUUUAAACCGCCUGGAGGCUCCGCGUUUGAUGAUUGAGUUUUAAUAUUCAAAUCCGUCAUAAAAAAUUG